AUGUCCGAGAGCACAGGAGACGAAAAGGCUGUGCUAUCAUCAGCUGUGCUGCAGCCAGAUACCGUAGGCGCCGCUGCUGUCGAACAGCAAGAUCCUGCGGACCGAUCAGAACCACAAUCAAACGCUGCGACGCAGCCUGCGCCAGAAGCAUCACAGGAGAAUUCUGCCAUCGACGGGUCGACAAAGCCGAUCGAUGCGGAAGAAAAAGUAGAGGGUACUGCCAAGGAGGCUCAGCCAUCGGUGCCGUCGUCUCCUCAUGUCGACCGCUUAGCAAUCGCAGACGAGCCAACAGGGGCACCGCAUGCCACAACCGCCGACGAGGACACAGACUUCGUGCCUCCGGACAUGGAACACAUUGUCAGCACUGGAGCCGCACAGGAUGGCGCCUCUUCCAUGCAAGCGCUUCGUGAACUCGUUGCCCAAGCGAGGGCAUCCUCGGGACAGCCUCGAGAGGCAUUGCCACCAGGUUUUAGCGAUGAAGAGUCCGAGCCCAGCACCCCAACUCCAGCACAGGCACAGCGGGGCGAGAAGCGCAAAGCAGAGGACGAGCUGGAAAGUCUGGUGCGGUCCAGUGCUGGUAUCGACGAGGUGAGAGCAGCCGCUGAAAAGAGUCAGCAUCCAGAGACCAAGACUUUGCUGCAGAAAGCUCUUUCUUCCAUCUCGGGCCUUGUUUCGCGGCGCGGUAAAGCAGAGGCUACUGCUACAGCGCCUUCCAUCCCAGCUACGUCAGAAGAGAACAUCGCACAAGAUGUUGUCAAGCCGCUCGUCGUCGGCGAGGCAGCCGAUGACAGCGAUGACUCUGAUGCCUCAAGCAGUGACUCUUCAGAUGAUGAGGAUGAGGACGAUGUGGAGGAAGCGAACGAUGUUGCAUUGGCGGGCGAUGAUGACGACGACGAAGCGGGCGGCGACAGCACUGCACCAGCGACCAAAAACGAGAUCCUCGCCCCCGACUUCGAUCAACCAGCCAUACAGCAAGUGACAGAAGCGGAAAAGCAGACGCUCAGAAAGCUCGGAAAGGUGCACUCCAUCGUUGACAGCGUUGUGGUGGUCGAGCAAGACGUACAGCAAUCUCAGUCAACUCAAAGCUCCUCCACCAACGCUGCCCCCGCCUCUGUUCCCGUCGACAGUACGGGCCGUCGAGGCGAACGACAAGGAGAAUACAGCGUGCUCGAUACAGGAAGUUUGCUCUGUUUCCAAGACGGGAAGGUGCUCGGUCUCGUCUUUGAAACCUUUGGAUCGAUCCACAACCCCAUGUACUCGAUUCGCUUCGCUUCAGCAGCCUCGAUCGACCGCGAAUUGAUCCAGAUGGGCAAAGCGGUCUUCUACCUGCCUUCGCAGAGCACCUACGUUCUUACACAGCUCCUUCGAUCCAUCAAGGGCAGCGAUGCAAGCAACCAAUGGGACGAAGAGGUGGCCGAGGACGAGAUCGACUACUCGGACGAUGAGCAGGAAGCAGAGGCCAAACGCCGCGCUAAGGCGACUCGCUACGGCAAGGUCGACGACCAAGGCAAUCCUCUUCCGGCUCCAGCACGUGGCAACAAGCGUCAGAAGCAGCAGGGCACUGGACAAAGCUCCCAGACAUCUUUCAACCCCUCUUCAAACGGAUAUGCCCAUCAGCGUCCCAAUCAGGGUGGUGCCGGCAAUGUCAGCCACACGGCUGAUCUGCAACACCCUCAACAAUGGCCAUUGUCUCUGCCAAGACGCAGUGGCGGUGGCCCGGAUCUACCGCUGCCACCUAUCCCUUCUGGACCUGCGUCGCUGGGACCUGCCUUCCCUCACGGGCUCGCCUCACUGCCACUGAAGCCUUCAGCUGGACUACCUUCCAAACCUAGCUUUGCACCGGAAAGCCCCAUGUCUUCCCAUCGUCACUCUUCCGAGCUCACGUCCGACCAACAAGCGACUACGAUCGGAUCAAGGUCACGAACGGCCACUGCAGAGAGCAGCAUUGGCGGGCUUCCUCACAGCAGAAUGAGCAGUACCGCAGCCAGCAGUCUGCCUGCCAAGCCUGUCGACGCCCUAGCAGCAGCAGCAGCAGCUGAAGCACUAGCUUCAGGCUCGACAACACCCAAGCAGAGCACACCCGCCAUGUCGCCACAUCGAGCUCCAGCGGCUGGCACUGGCGCUUCGCCGCCGCCGCCACAUGCGUCUCGUCCAGCUCUCAUGAGGGGAGCCGCGCCAACACCAGUUCCCGCUUACCCGCACCAGGGUUCGCCGGGGUGGUAUGCCGCGGCUGGCUCGGCGCCCUCGAGUACACCCGCUUCUCCUGCGGCCCCCCCUCAGCACGGUGGUGCACUUCGUGGCAUCCUGUACAGCCCUGGAGCUGGUGCGCCAGUAGCAGCUCAAGGGGGUGGUCAUUAUAAUCCAGCCUACGCUGCUCACUGGCAGCAGCAUUCUUACGGUCCCGCAGCGACGUCGGCUCCUCCAGCGCAUCCCAGCGCCGGUGUGCACGCCUGGACCGCGCCGUAUCAGCAUCAUUCUGCCCCUCUCCAUAUGGCGCCAGGCGCCAUCAGCCACCAACAGCCGUACGGAGGCUACGGCGGCUACGGCGCUCCAGCCAAUGCUUCUGCACCCUGGGCUGGAGGUCCAGCAUAUCCUGGCUCGCACUAUCCAGGCUAUACAGACCGACAGUACCACGCCUCAGCUGCCAAUGCCAAUGCCCAUGCUGCUGCUGUUGCAGGAUAUGCCGGCCAUAAUAACUACGCACCUGCGACUCCAGCCCAUGGCUACAGCGGCUAUCCGACGCAAGGUGCCAACUCCGAUCCCUACAACGGCUACGUGUACGCUCCUCCCAACGCCCAAGCUGCGCCAGCUUCCAAUGCUGCAGCGUCGUCAGCUACACCGGAGAGCUAUGACCCAAGAAGUCCUCUCAUGGGCGGCAACAGCGGUCAGAACCAGCAUGCUGCUUCGGGCUCGUCGCAGAGCCGCUGA